GAAAAUCAUGUGACAUGACGGUGAGACCGAUACGAUUGGAUAAACAAUAAAAGCAUGAGAGAAGUUACGUUGUGUAAGCUGUAGGUCGUGCUAGCGUUUUGUCGGUAUAAUUUCUCCCUUCUGUUUUUGUUACCUGGGUUUAUCAGCCAUGAAAUGCCCUUCAUGCAAUAAGGAGGUCUACUUUGCUGAGCGGGUCAGUUCACUUGGAAAAGACUGGCAUCGUCCGUGUUUGAAAUGCGAAAAGUGCAAAAAAACACUGACUGCGGGUUCCCACUGUGAACAGUUGCAAAAAGUCACUGUAUUAUGUCCUUAGUUUACAUCAACUCCGUAAUAAAACUUACAUGUCUUAUACACAACCACAACAUCCGAACAAUAUACUUAACCUUUUAAUUCUCAUUAUGUCUCACUAAAAAAAACACCGAGAAAGUUCAUUGACUAACACUUUUCUGUUGAAAAGAAUUAAUUGAUAUGUUGUAAAAUGCUAUGUGGAUAGUGAUAUCUCAUCGGCUUCAGACCAGCAGUACGAAACCAAAGCUAUCACACUGAUACACCGUUUACUAUUUCAAAAAGACCAGUUCACACUACCGUUUCGGUGAUUGUAAUAACCAAAACUAACACUACUAAAGAACGUGACAAAGAACAUUCCACAGAACACACUAGGAGAUCUUAAUCAAUGAGAAUAAUAUUCAAGAUAACACAUUUUCACAGAUUGCUCAUAGGCAUUAAUAAGACUUACGCGGUUGUGCCGUACUUCUUUAUCAUUCUAUUUUUUGUGUCUCUCAGUAAAUACUCCUUCGAAUCAGUAUAAAGUAAAUGAAGAAAAAAAACCCCACCAGUCAUCUUUCAAGUAUUGCUAGAACGAUUUGACUUGAGAAUUUAAAAUAAAUUAACCUUCCAAUAGAUUGCUCACAAUAAUACCUUAUUCAUAAUAACCCAAUGAGUAAAAAGUCGGAUUUAUGACACCUUGCGACUUAGUGAAAGUCACUUUUUCCAAAGAACAAAUAACUAGCAAGUCAAUUUAAAUAAAAGCACAGGAAAUAAAUUAGACCAAAUAUUUGCCAAAUACAAACAAGUAGUCAUACUAAUGUUACAUUAGGUCAAGAGUGAAUCGACGCGAAGCGAAGCUGAAUCAAAUACGAAGUGAAAAUAAGAUAAAUUGAAAUAAUCAUGUUGACAAGAAAGAUAAUUAUUUAAUGGGAUGCAAAAUUAGGCAGUAUGAAGUGAUGGGUACUCUCAGACGUAUCUCCCGUUUGAACAAUAUUAUAAUGAUUUUAAGCCAACUUAUUCAUGAAAACAAUACGGUAAACAAAGACACUUACUUCACAGUGGGAACCCGC